AUAUAACAAAUUGAAAUUAAAUACAGUACUUCUAAUAAUGACUUCUUCCAAUCAGUCCAAACUGGGUUCCCACUUAUUCCCUAUGAUAUACAUCUCCGUACCGUAAAACUUUAUCCUUCCUGCUCGGCGCGUUGGCACAUUCUGUUCCUCCCACUAGAAUAUUUCCUGCACUUAUUCAAAUCAUACCUAAGACCAUUGCAGAACUCCAGGCACAUGACCAUUCCAUCCAAACCCCUGCCCUCAGAGACUUGACCAAACUCGAGCACAGCUUUAGCAGCAUAAGGCCCUGUGCCCAGGACGACUGCCUCAGUAAGCUGAACUAGGUGAUGUAACCAGCACAGAACUGAUGAUAGGUCUCUAACAUCCCUUUCUUAGAACAUUUACUAAAGGGCCUGCAAUUGUAAAUACUUAUUUCUUGCUACUCAGAAGUUCUCUCUCAAGGACCGGAGAGCCAUUCCCUGGAAAUGUAAUCAAGAAGGAUAAAAUCCUCCGUAGGAGGAUACAAUCCUGCGGUAACUGUUGAAACACACACACACACACAGCUGGCCUAAUCACAUUUACACUAACAACUCUGUAGGUUCACUUUCUCUACUGAGCGCCCGCAUAUCCCCUUUCUCCUUUUAAAAGGCCCCUUUAAAAACGCUCAGGUCACCUCUGCACAAAUCGAAAUAGUGCUCAGCUCUUUCCUGUCAGUAGUUAACUGAACAAAUGUUUUCACCGCUUUAACGUCCAGCUGCGCUUAUCUUUGACAUCGACUACCUAAGGUCUACCUUUAGUCCCACGACUCUGACAAAACGAUCUCAGUAUUGGCGUAAAAUGACCUCCCCUUUCAAGGAUCUUCCAAAGCACUUCCUGUCUGAGGCAUACAAAAUGUAUUGGCACGGAAUUUUACACUUACUGAGCUUUAUAAACACCUCGUCACAUCCACAUCCACACAUUCAGGACACACACUGGGUAUUCGGGUAAAAACAAACAAACAAACAAACAAACAAAAACACAAAGAACUGGCUAAAUACCCAUUCCCCUCAACAACUCGGAUGAGAUAUCUAAAAAGGGUCGACCUUCGGUACCUUUCUGUCCUCUCCCCUCUCGCUGUUUGCCUACACUGGCUUCCUUGCCUCCCCUUUUUCCCACGUUUAUCGGAGCCAAAACAAGCUCGGUUCAGCAGCCUCCUUUCCCAGCCCUAACCCUGUGCUGCAAAAGCGAAAAUUAAAAGCCAAGAACAAUAGGAGACCGCCCACCCGGGCUCACUCGCGACACUAGGAGGAGCGAUACGGCUGUAGGAAAGGUGGAGCCUCGCGGCAGAGGCAGGAUUUCCGGGGUCACCGGAACCGACAAGAGAACAGGAUAAAGUCCUCGGAGAAUCCUAAAAUGUCGCCGUGGAAUGGACUGUAGCGCUCGCUUCUCCAAACGUGUCCCAGACGGCGAGCCUCGCCGGCUCUGCGACUUGUCCCUUGCAAGCCCCGCGCAGGCCUGCCACCUGCUGGACGUGGAGACGCGGUGCUAAGCGCCACGGGUCGACUGUACGCCGGGUGGGGAAGAAGGGCUAGGGGAGGAGAAGAAUCGAUCUUCGCAGAGCGCUCCGGGAGAUCGCGAGAUUACACUUUCAAAAGCUUGCUUGCUUUCUAAACACUGGAGGCUUGCUUUCUACACACUGAUUUAAUUUCGGAGUACAUUCGAGGCCCUGUGCUAAGUUAGGUAAUGUUCCCUGUGACUUCUGUAAUUGUCUUUUAUGUGUUAAAUUGUCUUGCUUAACUAAAACUUUUCUUGUAUCGUGUCACCAACUUUUCAAGAACGAAAGAUGAGCAACUCCAUUCUGGUAGAGGUUCUUUCAUUGGAGAAUUUUUGAGCUGCAGUAAUCCUUUUAACGCUGCGCACACAUACAGGGGUUACACGCGUAGGGGAUUAAAACCACAGUUAAGUUAUAGGUUGAAGGGGCUGUUAAGGACUUCAGGCAACAUCUAAAUAAACACUCCGUUCUUUUCUCUGUUCCGCAUCUGGGAGCCUCUUGUAUAGCAGCUGUUGCUCUAGGUGCUAGAGGUACGCAGAGGAACUGGACAAGGGCAAGAAAAACAAAGGACCCCUUUCGAAGAACUAGCAUUCUCUUGGAAGAGACAAGCUUGUGUGGCUUGGUAGUGAGCUGUUCGGCUGCACCGAAUCUUCUUUGUGGUGGGGCUGCGGACUGCAAGACAUCUUGCUUGAAAUGGCAAAAAGUCUUUUGAAGACAUCCUCUCUGUCUGGAAGGACAAAAUUGCUACAUCAAACAGGAUUGUCACUUUAUAGUACAUCCCAUGGAUUUUGUGAGGAAGAAGUGAAAAAAAAACUUCAGCAGUUUCCUGGUGGAUCCAUUGACCUUCAGAAGGACGACAGUGGCAUUGGCAUUCUUACUCUGAACAAUCCAAGGAAAAUGAAUGCCUUCUCAGGUGUUAUGAUGCUACAACUUCUGGAAAAAGUAAUUGAAUUGGAAAAUUGGACAGAGGGGAAAGGCCUCAUUGUCCGUGGGGCAAAAAAUACUUUCUCUUCAGGAUCUGAUCUGAAUGCUGUGAAAUCACUAGGAACUCCAGAGGAUGGAAUGGCUGUAUGCAUGUUCAUGCAAAACACCUUAACAAGAUUUAUGAGACUUCCUUUAAUAAGUGUUGCGCUGGUUCAAGGUUGGGCAUUGGGUGGAGGAGCAGAAUUUACUACAGCAUGUGAUUUCAGGUUAAUGACUCCAGAGAGUAAGAUCAGAUUCGUCCACAAAGAGAUGGGCAUAAUACCAAGCUGGGGUGGCACCACCCGGCUAGUUGAAAUAAUCGGAAGUAGACAAGCUCUCAAAGUGCUCAGUGGGGCCCUUAAACUGGAUUCAAAAUAUGCUCUACACAUAGGAAUGGUUGAAGAGGUCUUGCAGUCUUCAGAUGAAACUAAAUCUCUAGAAGAGGCACAAGAAUGGCUAAAGCAAUUCAUCCAAGGGCCACCGGAAGUAAUCAGAGCUUUGAAAAAAUCUGUUUGUUCAGGCAGAGAGCUAUAUUUGGAGGAAGCAUUACAGAAUGAAAGAGAUCUUUUAGGAACAGUUUGGGGUGGGCCUGCAAAUUUAGAGGCUAUUGCUAAGAAAGGAAAAUUUAAUAAAUAAUUGGUGUUUCGUGUGGAUGUACUCCAAGUAAAGCUCCAGUGACUAAUAUGUAUAAAUGUUAAAUGAUGUUAAAUAUGAACAUCAGAAUUACUUUGAAGGCUACUAUUAAUAUGCAGACUUGUUUUUAAAUCAUCUUUUGAAUAUCUGAACUCAUUUACCUCAUUUCUUGCCAGUUAUUCACUUGGGUAUUUACUGCAUAAUCUGGAACAUUUAGCUAAAAUAUACACUUUUGACUUAAAAAUUAUUGCUCUCAAUUCCAAUAAUAAUUCUUAGCUUAUAAGCAAAGAGCAGUGUUUAAAAGAAGAGCUUCUAUACAAAACCUAUUCCUGGUGUUACUUUUCAUAAAAUUUUGUCUUACCUGUCUUACCUGGAAAUAAUUUACCAAAAUAACUGAAUGAGUAUUGCUAUUAAAGAGCAAAAGUGGGGAGGGAUCAGGGAACAAGAAAACAAGUAAGGGUAUGAUCAAUUAUUUUCUUCUGCUCCAAACAGCCGGAGUAAAAUUCAUGGGAAAUGGCCCUUAAUUUAAAAAAAAGAUGUACGUCACUACCCACUACAAAUUUGGAACUUUAUUUGGUCUUUUCAAUAAUUAGUUUUCUAUUAUAAAUUAUCUACUAAACAGUGAUAGCCAUGACAUGGAAAGUCAACUGAUUUUACAAAUUUAACAUUCGUGUGCCCUGGAAUUUCCAACUAGUAAUAAACAACUACUGUUGAUGUAGUUUUAAAAUCAAAACCACUCGAAGGGACUCAUGAAGCAUCUUGCAACAUAAAUUUGCAUUUUUACAUCAGAUUUCUUUUUUUUUCCUGAAAAACAACUAACCUUCUUUUAUAACUGUCUUUCAAAAGUAAACGUAAAAAUGCACAACAUAAAAUGUUUGUGAUCAUCCCAGAAAUACACUUUUUAAAAAAUGUGAAAGUCCAAGAAUUAAGUUCUAGUUCUGACUCAUCACAAGAGGUCAAAAGUAUUUGCUACUGUAACAUUCAAUUCACAUUUGAGAAUCAUGGUAAAAAUAACUUGCAUUUGCCUUAUACAUGAUCCUACUGUUGAGUUAGGAAAAUAUGGUUAGACAGACUCACGUUACUUUUUUUCAGAGGUAAAUUCUAGAUUACUUUGUCAACCUAAUAUUUUCUAUUUGGCCAUAGAUGUAAAAUCUACCAAAUAAAAGUGGAUUUUGUGGUCUACA